AUGGAAAAUAUGGAAAGGGGCCUGGACAAGGCAAAGUUCACAAAACUAGUGGUCGCCGUAUUGGGGGAGCACCUCAAUGAUGCCAAAGAGGUCCGCAUGAUCAGCACCAGGCUGUGGAAUGAAAUCCUGAAGGAACAAGACAAAACUCCUCCAAAAAGGAAGACCGGAAAAAGUAACUGGGCCGCCUGGAGUGAAAAGAAGAAGCAGCGUGAUGGUGAGAAAGCAGAACAAAAUGGAAUGCCAAAGCCAGCUGCCGAAAAGAAGCCCCGGGUGGAAAAAGUGAUCAAACGUGAGGUUGCACAAAGUGCACUGCCAUCGCCGCAGAAGAAGCCCCGGGUGGAAAAGGUGAUCAAACGUGAGGUUGCACAAAGUGCACUGCCAUCGCCGCAGAAGCCUCGGGUGAGAAGACUCACCAUACUGAAGAAGGGCGUGCAUUCGGACUGA